GACAUGAACUGUACUGUUUCAGUAUUGGUAGUGAAUAUCGGAACGCAGCCUAUAUAUCGUACGUACCACAUACCACGUGUUUCCAAAUAUUCUUAACCACAUUAAACUUCAGUAAUUAUCAGAACAACAAGCUUGUACAUCGAUUUGCCUGAAACUUCAGAAUAUUAUAAUCAUGAAGGAAUCAAUACAAAGUAAUGAUGACAGGUGGAAACCUGUCACUUUAGAAGGUGCUGUUCUCUCAAGUGGCGUUGAGGGACUUAUAGGAAUAGAAGAAUUAACGGAUUAUAAUUUAGAAAGGAAUAGUAAGAGAGGCGAUGUAACAAUAACUAAUGUAAAAUCUGUGGAGAAGAAGAAAAAAACAUUGAAGGAUCACUGUUCAAACAAAUGGGACAUCACCGAUAUUAAUAUUGUUGAACUUUCUGUGAAAAAAUCAAAAGAUAAGAAUGAUAAAACAAAGUCUACAAAAAAGAAUGGAAGAACAGAAAAAUUAACAAAGUCUAAAACUACUGAUGAACAAACCGAUUGUGAUACUGAACAUAAUUCAUAUUUUAGUAUAGAGGAUGAUGUAAAAUCAACAGAUAUUAAUGUUGAAGCGUGGAGUUCUAUGGGAGUUCCUGAUAUCAUCAUAAAAGCUUUGGCUGAUCAAAAUUUCCAUUCCCCUACUAUCAUACAAGCUAGAACAUUGCCAGCUGCUAUAUUGGGCCAGAGAGAUAUACUAGGUGCAGCUGAAACAGGUAGUGGUAAGACACUGGCUUUUGGUAUUCCAAUAAUAAGAGGUAUCCUAGAAUUAAAGAGUCAACAGACAGAAACAGCAGUGCUUGGAAAAUCUAUAAACAAUAAUAGCAAAAAUAAAGGAUGGAAUUGUUACGACAAAGGAACUGAAGAUAAUAAUGUCACAAACUCUGAUUCAGAAGAUGAGGACUUAUCAGAAUCUGAGAAUUGUGUUCGUAUUGUCAAACUGAAUAAUUGUAAGAAUGCUCUAACCAAACCUUUGUACGCAUUAAUCCUAGCACCAACUCGUGAAUUGGUGGUUCAAAUAAAACAGCAUCUUACUCAGGCUGUAAAAUAUACAGAUAUUAAGAUAGCUACUGUUUUUGGUGGUCUAGCAGCAGUGAAACAAGAAAGGAUACUGAAUCGAGGCCCUGAAAUCGUUAUUGCCACACCUGGAAGAUUGUGGGAAUUAAUACAACAAGGAAAUUCUCACUUAAGCCAAAUAGAUUCUAUUCGGUAUUUAGCCAUUGAUGAGACAGACAGAAUGAUGGAGAAAGGUCAUUUUCAAGAACUGCACGAUAUCUUGCAGAAGAUAAAUGGGAAUCCGACUAAACUGGCGAAGCGACAGACGUUUGUUUUCUCGGCUACGUUGACUAUGGUGCACGAUUUGCCGGACCACCUCGAGAGAAAGAAGAAACGACACUUCAGAAGUAAAAUAUACAAACUUACGCCUGGUCAGAAGCUGCAGAAAAUUAUACAUUUGCUAAAGAUCAAGAAUCCUAAAAUUGUCGAUCUGACAAGCGAAUCAGGCACGGUUAGUAGUCUGACGGAAUGUCGGAUUGCGUGCACGAUCGAUCACAAGGAUUAUUAUCUGUAUUACUUCUUGAAGAGGCACAGCGGAAGAACGUUGGUAUUUUGCAACAGCAUCGGCUGCGUGAAAAGAUUAGCCACUCUCUUCGGUAUACUCGAGUGCAAACCUUUACCUUUGCAUGCCAAUAUGCAGCAACGACAGCGUUUGAAGAAUCUUGAGAGGUUUCAAGCUGAUGAAAAUGGCCUGCUCAUAGCCACGGAUGUAGCCGCGAGAGGCUUAGAUAUACCCAACAUCGAACAUGUGAUACAUUAUCAAGUUCCCAGGACAUCAGAGAGUUACGUGCAUAGGAGUGGUAGAACAGCGAGAGCUCAAAAAGAAGGCAUUACUGUGCUGAUGAUGGAGCCUUCGGAAAAAGAAAACUACAGCAAACUGUGCAAAUCUCUUGGACGCACACAAGACUUGCCGACGUUUCCAGUGGUGGACAGACUGCUAAUUGCUGUAAAAGAAAGAGUCGACAUUGCUCGCAGUAUCGAUAAGCUGGAAUUGAAAUGUCGCCGAGAGAACACUCAAAAAAAUUGGAUGAAGAAGGCAAUGCAGGACAUGGAUAUGGUCAUCGACGAUGCUAACAUCGACGACGACGAAUCACCGGAAUCGGAAGAAGCUGCAGCAUUGAAACGGCAGCUAAAAGCAAAAAGGCGUCAGUUGCAAUCUUUAUUAACGCAAGUGGUGUUUCCUAGAGGAUUUUCUGGAAAGUAUCUCGAUGAUAAUGUUAGUACAAACAUAUAUCCUGACACAGAAAAGGCUGUUGAAGUAAUGAAAAAGGUUAUAAAAGAUAUUCCCAAUGGAAAAAGUAGCAAAGAGUCUCGAAAAAGACAAUAUUCACAAAAACCAAAAAAAUCAAAGAAACUUAAGAAAUCAUAAUGUAUAUAUAAUUUUUAAUCAAUGAAUAUGAAUGCCAAUGUUUUCUAUUCUUUC